AUGUUAUCUUAUUUUUUCCUCUUGAAUCAGAUCAAUCAACAUGUUCAAGCAUCUAUAAUGCUUUUAUCAAUAAUGGAGAGUGCAGAACUUGAUCUUAAUAAUACUCUACUUUCUUCAUCAUCAAAUUCAGAUGAUUUUGAACAAGAUCUUCGAUUAGCAGCUGAACUUGGUCGCUGUUUACUUGAACGUAAUCAUGAAUUACAAAAUUAUAUUCAUGUCCUACAAAAACAAAUGGAUGAUAAACAAUCUGAUAUGAAAUUAUUACAUUCGAAAUUUAUUUAUAUUCGUGAACAAUUUGAUGUAAAAUGUAAACAAAUUGAACUAUUAGAUGCAACUAAUUUUGAUCUUGAACAAGAACUUGCAUUACAACGACAUGAAAAUGAAAAAAAUCGACAACAUAUUAAAGAAUUAUUUGAUCUCUGUGAAAAAACACGUCAACAAUGUAAUGAUAUUGAACAUGAAUAUGGAAAUUUUCGAGUCAAACAAUUUUCAUCAUGUUUUCAAGCGAAAUCUUCUGAUCCAACUCCAAUUUUCUCAACACCUGUAUCAAGCAAACGACAACGUUCAAAUUCAUUUAGUUUAAAAACAGUCUCUAAUUCGCCAAUACCCUUAGAAUCACCGGUAUGUUCGAAUUUAUUCGAUAUUUCAUCUGCACCGGUUUUUAAGACACAUCUCAGUGAACUUAAAUCACGUAUUAAUUCAUUAACAAUUGAAUGUACGACAUUGAAUGAUCAACUUUAUCGUUCGGAACAAGAUAAACGUUAUUUAAUCGAUCGUGUAACUCAACUUGAACGACAACGUCGUGAUGAUAAUGAUUCAUUACAAAAUGAAUUGAAUUCUUAUCGAAAAUUAUUCGAAAAAUAUUCGAAUGAUAGUACAAAAUCAAUACUAUCAAGUAUUUAUUCUCCACCAGAACAUGAUUUAUCAUUGUAUGAUGAAGUUUCAUUAGAAAAUAAACAAUUAAAAUCGUCUUAUGAACCAACAAAUUAUAAAGAUUUAUUUGCGCGUGUAUAUGAAAAAUUAAAAACAAAUGAUAAUAAAUGA